AUGGAGCAGAAAAUUAUUUUAUUGCUGCUAGUUUCAGGUCUGGGGUUGGGAGUUUCUUCUCUUUUCUUCUCUCGGGAAUACCACUAUGUGAAUGAGAAAAAGACAUGGCUGGAUGCUCAGAGCUACUGCAGAGUGAUGUACUCUGACUUAGCAACUAUAGAUAACAUGGACGAGAUGAGGAUGCUGAUGUCUGUAAUAGACCCUUGUUAUAAUGGUUCUGUGUGGAUUGGACUUAAAAGAGGAGACCAGCCCAGCUGGGGCUGGUCUAUGGGAGAUGACCUCCUUCCCAAGUACAGUAACUGGACAAAUGAUGGAGCUGCUCAAACAUUUCCCUGUGGAAGAAUAUCUCUGACAUGGUCUGCAUACAACUGCUCACAGAAGUACAUUGGUGUGUGUUAUGAUGCAAACCCAACUGAUGGCAGACAAUAUGUUGGGUUGACCACAGAAAAAACCUGGAAAGAAGCUCAGACUCUCUGCAGAAAUAAAUAUACAGACCUGGUCAGCAUCCACAGUUUAGAGGAACACAAAAAGGUUGCUGAUCUUAUGAAGAAUUACAGUGUUGAGUACAUGUGGAUUGGCCUGUUCAGUGACUCCUGGAAAUGGUCAGAUCUGAAUAACUCCUCAUUCCGUUACUGGGCAGAUUCAAAACCAGGCCAAACUGACAAUUGCGUCUCAAUGGCUUUGAAUGACUUUGGGAGAUGGUACAAUGAACAAUGUAGCCAGCAACACAAUUUCGUCUGCUAUAGAGAUCUGAAGCAGAGGAGACAGAUAGGGAGAGUGACAGUGAGCUCCAACAGUAAUGUGAAUUUGAAUGACGCUGCAGUGAGAUCAACAAUUCUGCGUCAGAUUGAGCAAAAGCUGAAUAUGGGUCCCAGCGUCAAGCUAAGCUGGAGAUGGAAGGAUAGCAAAGUGUUUGAACUAAGGAAGAAGAUUCCCAGUGCUGGUGGCGGAGCACAGAAGAACAUGAAGAAGAGGAAGAGGGCCACUGAUGAGCUAUAGUUAUGUGAGAAGAAUGUCGUUAUUUUCUGAAUUUUUUUUUUUUUUCAUUUUAGCCUUAAAUAAGAAAUACAAAACAGCAAAAAUAUCCCUUACAAGACCUGGCAAAUAAGCACACAAAAUAUAUAAUCCAGUCCACUGAGUGGUAGUAGCUUAUUAUGUGUUUACUUGUUUGUUGGAGCAAAAAGUUGCAAACAAUUCUAGACUUUUUCUUAGGGCCUUUCUCAAGAACAUAUUGAAGAAAAAAAUUAGGAAGAAUGAGGCCUAAUGUCGUGGAAGAGGACAGCAAUCUUUUCAUUGGGGGUUACCCACCCAGAGCCCAACAAUGCUGUAUAAGACUAUCAGACACAGAUGUCACAAUAGAGCAACAGGGUCACCUUUCAGGUGCCGAGAGUUCAUACUGACCUGGGAAAAUCUGGAGCUGGAAUUCAGCACAGGAAACUACAGUUCUGUUCGCUGGUGUCACAUGAACGUUUUAAACUUUUAGUCUUCAGCAGCGUCCACGCAGCCUGCAACUGUUCUACUUUAUUUUAGUUAUGUUUUAAAUUUU